AUGGUCUUAACAGGUCGCUCAAUUGCUUACAGGCGCAGACUACGUCUAGCGUCCACUUUCCGACACCCAACUCUCAUCUGUGAAUCCCCGGAGGUGCGCUCUAUCCAGCGGUCACACCCCGGUAACCGCCUCGACCGGCGGGCUAAACCAGCUGAGGGUACCCGUGAGCUCCUGCCCCGCGCACACGGUGUUGUGAACUCCGCUGAGCGGUUGGUCGGAUGUAGCUUUGCAUCGGCAUCGUCGAGAUGCGGCUCCGUCCGGUGCAAUGCAGGAGACCACGAUCUUACGGCAAUGUCAUAAGCUUUAGGCAAAUUCGAGUCGAUCUUCGACUACAACAAAGUCAUGGCCCGCAGUGGAAUUCGGCCGCACCUGGCACUACCAAGCUGCCCUAUUUAGGGUGGCACUACUUACCUGCAAGGGAAGGGGCUGGAAAAGGUGCCCUAAAGAUUGCUGAGGAAAAACGUCUGCAGGCUGACCGUGGUCGUAGACGUUAAACUCACGGUCAAAACAAUGAAAAUCGAACAACAACGACGACAACGAAAAUACUCUCUCUAUUCCUUCUUCUUCUUCUUCUUCUUCUUCUUCUUCUUCUUCUUCUUCUUCUUCUUUAUCUUUCUCCCUUCCUCCUUCCCGCUGCCCCACUCGCCAGACUGAUAGGGUGAUUCCGUUCACUUCGGCAGCCUGGAAUGUUCGUUCCCUGUUAGACAAUCUGGAGCGUUCGACCCCGGAGCAGAACGAUGGGACGUGCGAGUCGCCUUCGCCAACCGGAAUGACAUCGUGGGACAACUGCCCUGUCUGCCGCGGGGCAUCAACGAUCGCAUAAUCAGCCUCCGCCUGCCUCCUUGGGGAAGCAAAUUCGCCACCAUCAUUAGCGUUUACGCUCCACCGAUGUCCAGCCCUGAUGUCGCAAAAUACGAAAUCUACGGGGACCUGCACGCCCUCUUGGCGACUGUGUCGAAGGCGGACAAGUUGAUUGGCCUUGGUGACUUCAGCGCCCGCGUCGGCACAGACAAUGCUGCCUGGAGAGGUGUGCUGGGUCCCCAUGGUCUCCGCGGCUCAAACGACAAUGGCCUGCUACUCCUCCGCACCUGCGCAGAACACCGCCUCAUCCUGACGAACACGUUCUUCUUUCUGCCGGAGCGAGAGCAGGCCACCUGGAGGCAUCCUCGGUCUCGUCAGUGGCACCUUCUGGACUAUGUCCUCGUCCGGAGGUGAGACCAGCGGGACGUGCUGUUGAAAAAGGCGAUCGCGGGCGCUGACGGGUGGACCGACCAUCGUCUCGUCAUCUCAGAGAUGCGUACUCGUCUACAGCCUCGCAGGAAACUACAAGGUAAGCGACCCCCGGGUAAGCUGAAUGUUGCCUUGUUGUCUUUGCCCGCUCACCAUCUGCAUUUCAGCAAUGAGCUAGCUUAACGGCUAGACAAUUUUCCAGUCGCUGCCGCUGUCGCCGCGGACGCCGCCGCUGCCGAGAACGCCUCCAUGGAGAACCGCUGGUGUCAACUGCGAGACACGGUCAAGUCGACGGCGCUCGCCGUCCUUGGUUGCGCACGCCGCCUACACCAGGACUGGUUUGAAGACGACGACGUUGCUAUCGGCAAUCUGCUCGCCGAAGAGAACCGCCUACAAGAAGUCUACGCCGAUCGCCCCAACGACGACAACAAAGUUGCCUUCUACCGUAGUUGCCGCCUUGUUCAACAGCAACUGUGCGAGAUGCAGGGCGCCUGGACCACUCGCAAGGCUGAGGAGAUUCAAGAGUGCGCUGGCCGCAACGAAUGGAAGAACUUCUUCUACGCGACGAAAACUGUAUACGAUCCGCCGAUGAAAGGGACUGCUCCUCUCCUCAGCGCCGACGGAAAUACCCUACUCAUUGAGAAGACACAAAUUCUACAGCGAUGGGCCGAGCAUUUCCGAGGCGUCCUCAACCGCCCCUCCACCAUCUCCGACGCCGCCAUCACCCCUUUGCUGCAAGUGGAGACCAACGUGGAUCUCGACCUCCCGUCUCUUCUCCAUGAAAAUAUCAGUGCUGUGCAACAGCUCUCCAGCGGGAAAGCACCCGGAUCGGACGCGAUCCCUGCUGAGGUCUACAAGUAUGGGGCCUGUGUCCGCCUCUUCGGGGAACAAGACUCGCCAGCACCAUCGGCACCUACACCUCCACAGUUACUAGCCCUGGCGAAGUGA